AUGUCGGAACAUCCUGCAUUCACCAUGGCCGGCCUUUGCUCGGUGGGCGGCCUCAUCGGUUUUGCUAAAACGAGGUCGAUCCCUUCGCUCGUGGCGGGCGUGGGCGUGGGUGCGCUGUACGCACUCGCUGCCACCCGCAUCAAGAACGGCGGCGACUACGGCUACGAGGUCGCCGCAGGCGCAAGCGCGUUGCUCCUCAGCAGCUCGGCUCCGCGCUUCCGAAAGGGACCCGUCCCCAUGGGCCUCACCAUCACCUCUGCCCUCGCUCUCGCCUACUAUGGUAAAAAGGUGCGUAUUUCAGACCAGCCUCGUGCCGCCGUAUGCACAUCGGAACCUGCAAAGCUCACCUCGGCCUCGUCUGCUCUUGCAUUCCAAAACAGGUAUCCACCGCUUCUCACGCAAAAUCGCAAUCCUCGUCUGGGCAUGGCCGCAACGCGUGUCUAA